CCUUUUAUGUGACCCCAUACGUGGCAGCCAUUUGGGGGGAUUGAUUUUUUGGGAUGUACUUUUAAAAAAAAAAAAAAGGAAUAACUGAAUAUCGUUAUAGCAUGAAAGUAGAUAUUUUUGAUAGUAGUCUAGCUUGUGGACAUCAGUCAUGAUGAGUGGGGAACCAUGUGGGAUAAUCAGGAUGCACAGUGUAAGUCCAUUGCUGCCUCAACGCCAAGAGAGCAUGGAGGAUCCAUCUCCUAACCUGAGGCCGAGGCACGAAGAGCUGAUACCCACACCAUGUGGACCAAUGAAGCAGUUGUCAGAGCUCCAGUGCCUCGUGAAGGUCUACUUCUGCUUCACACUCAUCUCCAUGCUAGUGCUCUUUAUCCUCACUAUAAUCAACAUUGUAAUUGAAAGAUGGAAAGAGGGUGAAGAUGAUGAUCUCAGUGUCUCUCUCAUCCAGCUUGUGGGCAUCGUGUUCUGCGUGUACUACAUCUCACGAGGCGUGCUGCAGGAAAACAGGCAGGAGCUGAUUAUCUUUGGGGUUUGUGUGCUCGUGGUCAUGGUGCGCUCUAUCGUCAACUUCAGUGUCAGCAAAGAGAAAGAAGUGCUGCUAAUGGUGCGGUUUGUGUGCAUCAUGUGCCUGGGUAUGGUACACCUGAUCUGUACCUUGCUGCUCAUCCUAAGGCCCAACAUGAUGGCCUUCAGGGUAGGCGGAGCUUUGGAAAGCCUGCAGGAGCAAUACUUCUUGCUUAAUCUCUGCUUCUCAAUGGUGACCUUUGAUCUUCAGGCACAGCUGUGUUUGUGCAUCCUGAUCCUGACGUCGGGCCCCUCUGUGUCCAACGUUCACGCCGCCAUUCUUGGAGUCGGAGUCGUUUGGGCAAUCAUUACUGCUGUGACUGGAGCCAUUUCUGUCUUAAAAGAAGUGAAGCCACUGGUCUGGAUUUUUGUCCUCCAGAACUUACCUCAGCUUGCUUAUUUUAUUUACCUGCUAUAUACGAUCAUUUCUGAGUGGGGACAGAGUCCAACGUUCAUACUGGAGGCUGCCUCUAUAACGGGCUGCCUUAUCUCGGUGACCAUCAAAUGUGUGCUUUUCUGGGGUUUGUUCCGCCUGUACCGCAGCUUCGGCCAGGGUCUACGUGAGAGAAUGUUUGCUGCAGAUAAGCAGUAAGGAUCAUUAUGAAGAGGACCAGCAAGAAAAAGCCCAGCAAGGAGUCCACCGUUAAAUCACGUGCCUAGAGCAGAGCUUCUUCAACUGGAAGACGUCUGUAAAUCAAUUUCAGUCGUAAAAACUUCAGAGACAACACUGCCACUUAGCUUACUACAGCGAUAUUACAUAAAAAAAAAAAAAAAAAGACUUCAGAAAUCCAGCUCUAAAAUCCUUAAGAGAGAAUAAAUUAUUUAGGGAGUUCAUGCUCAUGAUUAUAUCUAAAAGAUAAGACUGAUUUUUAUUCCACAAGGAAAUGCCAAGGUCAUCAUGUAAUGUUUGAACAUUACUUCCAUAUUUAGCUGUUAUCUGUUUUUUAUGCUUUAAAUGUUGGCUUCGUGAAUAUUUUAACUCCAUUUUAACUGCAAUCUUUUAUUUUCAGUAUUUAUAUGUUAUCUUAAGCCUGGAUACAUAUCAGCAAAGUGUCCAAUAUGUACCAAACUGCACUGUUUAUGUGUCACAUUUCAUGUAAAACGCACUUCAGACACAUUUUAAAUCGUUACAUAAUCUAAGCGUAUUAUAGUGGUUCUAAUGAUAUAACAACAAUACAUAAAACAUAAAACCGUCAACAAAUGAUGAAUUGCAUGCAGAAAAAAAUCACACUGGAUUCAUUUCACUUGGAUAUACAGCAGGGUCCAAAAGUUUAAAACCACACUGAAAAUCUGGGAUUUUUAUUUAUUUAAAAAUUCCCUGUAAAUUCUAGAAAAAAAAGGAAAAUAUCCAACAUAUUGCUUAAUCAUUAUUCAAAAUGUUUUUAGGUCACUGUUUGAAUACAAGCAAAUUCAUGAUGCAAAUUCAUGAUGUGUUAAUGUUUUGGUACAAAAGGUUGGAUUUUCUGGUUCUCUCGUCCAGUCUGUUAAAACCUAAUCAGUGUGAUGAAUCACUCUGAUGGAUUUGAUCUAAUGUGGAUCAUCAGGCUUUACACAAACUCGGAAGCCAUGCCGGUUCAAGUGCACACAAAAAAAAUGGGGACAAACACAAAUACUAAGAAACGUGUGAAUAUUUUUAAGAUUCUAAUUUUCAUUUAUCACUUUAUCAGAAAUCGUAUCAAAUUGAAAAUGCCAAGCAAAGGUAUUUUUGGAAGAAGGUUUCACUUCCAUUGGUCUCGGACGUUUAUGACAACCCUGUGUGUGAAGCACAUUUUCCUGUGAACGUUACAUUUAUGUUUUUAUACACUAAUCUCAGGCGUCAGCAUUUCAACGCAAAGAGCUCAGUGUUAAGGAAGUGUUAUUAAGGGGAACAAAAUUUGUUUUUACUGAUUCCUACGUAGGGAAAACUCAUAAAUAUAAUCUCCUUUUUUGUUUUUUUUUUAUCAGGUAACUGAUGCUUUUUUUUGUAUUUUCCACUACUGUUUCUACUUCACACACUGUAAUCACCAGAGUACUUGUGAAAGAGUUUUACAGAACCAAGAGGUUUAACUGUUAUGUAUAUUUUAUGUUCAGUGUUAUGAUAGUAUGGAUUUAUUACUAUCAGAAACAUGUAUUUGUAAUACAAAAUUUAAUAAAUAUAUUUUAAACAA